CAUGUAAAAUCAGUCGACCUGCAUCGCCAGCGAAUAUUUAUAUAUAAUUCUAUUUGUAAUUAAUUUAAUUUUAAUUUAUGUAUUAAAAUAUAUCUCUCUCUUCUGAAACUUGAAUCUUUUUGCUUUGGAUUUUGGUGGAUGGGUUUAGACGAAAGAGAGACAGAAUGAAGGGGCGGUUUUGGGUACCGGCGACAGCACCGAAACCCCUUUCCUCCGCCGCCGUUCUCGGGCUCCGCCGUUGAGCUUUCCCCACCGUUGAGCAACCUCUCUCUCUCUCUCUCUCUCUUCUGAAACUUGAACACUCUCUCUGCGCUCGUUACAUGCUUGGCGAGCCAUGACCCCUCUCACACGCGCUUCAUUCUCUUCAUCCACUCGGCUCGAUCUCAAGCUUCCUCUCUUCCCACUUCCAUCGCCGCCCACUACUUUCCUCUCCUCCCUCUACACCCUUAAACCCCGCUCCCAAAAGAAGAAGAGGAUUCGGAACAGAACGUGUAGAGCAGAGUUCGCCCAUGACGCGCCAUUCGCUGCCGCAAUCGGUGCUUGUAUGCUCAGCUCGCUGGUUUUUCCGGACACCGGUAACGCUCCGGACAGUGAUGGUGAUUCGGGUUUUGAUUUGGCUGAUACGAGGUUCUCGGUUAUGGGGAUCAUUAGCUUUGUCCCUUACUUCAAUUGGCUGAGUUGGGUGUUUGCGUGGCUGGAUAGUGGGAACAGGCGUUAUGCAGUGUAUGCAGUGGUAUACUUGGCUCCAUACCUAAGGUCAAACUUGUCACUGUCGCCCGAGGAGAGCUGGCUGCCUAUUGCCAGCAUUGUAUUAUGCAUAAUUCACAUUCAGCUGGAAGCAAGCAUAAAAAAUGGAGAUAUUCAGGGCUUUCAAUUAUUUAGCAAGGCUGCAAAUCACCUUUCAUCAAUGGGUAGAAAGAAAGACCAUUCAAAGGGGCAUGAAGGAAUUUCUGAGGAGGGGAGGAAAGAAGAGAACAUUAAUUUGCCGUCUGCUGACAAACAAUCAAGAAAUGAGAUUCGGAGGUGGGGAGUUCCCAAAAAACCAUCAGAAGAUCGUGAACCCUCGAAUGAAGAUUGGUUAGAUGAUGAGAGAAAUCACUAGCAAGUCAGCAACAAGGCAUUAGAUAUGAAUUUUGAUUGACGAUAAUGCUGGCUUGGAGAGAGAGAGAGAGAGAGUAAUUCCUUCUAAGUAGACAAUCCGAGUAGGGUUAAGAGCGCUGCAUGGUUUCAUCCUUGGAUUGCAUUUUGUAUUUUACAUCUUAAUUGUUUAUUUACUUAGAUUUAUAUAUUUCGAUAUCAUGCUGCAGUAACAUUUUACUGGUUGAAUUUUCGAAGCAAACAUUGUACAAAAUAAGAUGAAUGUUAUACUGACUAGUCUUGAUGAUAGCUUCUUGCUAUUAUUAUUGGGAGAAAACAUUCAGGUAA